AUGCCAGGCAAGGACGACAGUGGAGAAUGCGAUGGUCUCCCAGCCCACGAUCUUGGCGUUCUCAUCAGAUCCAAAACAACAUCCGCAUCUCUCCUAUAUUCGACCAUCUGCUCGUACCUCCUGUUUCCUUUGCGCUUCUUCGUCAAAGUCCUCAUCUGGGCAUAUUGCUCCCCACAGACAACCCGCCGGGUCGACUUCAACGUGUUCGAAACAAGUUGGGACGCAUUCCAGAGCUCCAAGGCCCUCAACCAGCCACUCGGCGACUGCGUCUUCGGCUGCAUCCACCUCGACUCCCGAUGCCACCAGAAAAAGGACAUUGUGGAAAGGCUUUUGGGCUACAGCCGCUGUGGUCCUUCCAGCGGGGGAAUCAUGGAGGUGCGCGACUCCGGGACGUCCCUCAUCGUCGUCACCCGCAGCCCGAGCGAGCCGUCUUCGGACUACGUCCGCGGCAUGGCCUCCAUCGUCAGCUGUGCCUUCUUCGACUCGCUGAUGUUUCCUAUGUUCAUCUCGUUGCCCAACUUGGGUCCCAAGUCCACGACCCUCGGCAUCAUCAUGAUGCUGUCUCUCGUGGUCAUCGCCAGCUUCGUCAUUCAAUUCUUCCUCUGCCGGCAAUUGGCCUUCUACCGGCUGCUUGUGAUUCUUGGCUUGGCCUUGAGCGUGCGGUACUGGUAUACGACCCAGCUGUGUAACUCUGGACUUAUUGCGAAGCUGUGCCCCGGGUGCCACUCAUCGAGCUCAUCGUGA